UGGUAGUGGCUGGUGGUGCGUAGCCCUAACAUCUUUAGAGGCUAGCUAGACAUGGGGCUUCCUCUGUAGUGCCAGGCGCCUUAAAGGCUUGGUCGAGUUUUCAGAGGUGUUGUCCGGUACGGUCACCGAAAAGGCUGCGACACAGCGCUAUUAUUUGCUUGCUUACUAUCGGUCCGACAUAGCUGAUUGCUCUUGGCUUCCUUUUCAAGGCUGGGCCUAGUUGAAUGCUUCGUAUCGGUCCGUACGUGUGUUUUUCAAGGGGCAGUCUACUAUCUCAGCCGGUGCCUGAAAGUGAAUCCUGCAGUGCCCCCUGCUCCCAUCCACACUUGGCACGUAGUUUUAGUCAGUUUCAACGAGAAAGCCAUAGCCUAUAUCCCAGUCUACUUCAACAUUCAAAGUGUUACCAUCAAUUCAAGAACAGUCAACUGCUCAGUUUCAACUGGAUUAUGUACAAAUAUGGCUAUUCCACGACAGAUCAUCAUCGUCGGCUCGGGUGUCUUUGGCCUAUCCACGGCGUACUACAUGAGCCGAGACGCCACGUUUGCCAAAAGUAGUAUCAUCCUCCUGGAUGCCUGGGACUUUGAGCCGGACUCCCAAUCGACUUCCGUGCAUAAUCCUGGAGCAGCAAAUGCAGACACAUCGCGCAUCAUUCGUCGUGUCUAUCCACAAGGCCCAUACGCCGCGCUCGCAGAUGAAGCUGUGCAGCGCUGGCAUGCAGAGUGGGGCAGAGAUGGCAGAUAUGUCGAGCAGAGACUAUUAUUUGCUGCAGAAGGCUCUUCUAUUAGGUCUCCCCGACAGCGCGACGAGACCGUUAAUUAUAUCAAGGAUGCCUAUGAAACUAGCUGUGAGAUGACUCCUGGGGGUGCUGAGUCGUUGGAAAUCUGGGAUUCACUUGAUAGGAUACGUUCAGAGCUUCGGCCGUCUGGGAAGCCAUCUGGAAACGUUCGUAACGCGCAAGACAAGCAGCAGGAAAGGUCAUUGAGAGGGUUCAUCUCGAACGACUGCGGCUGGGCCAAUUCUGGGGCAGCCAUGGAGUGGUUACGACAAGAAGUGGUUCGCAUGGGUCGUGUCGAGCGUCGUGUCAGCGAAGUGCAGAAUUUGCUUUAUUCGAAUGAGGGAACCCGAGUCAACGGGGUCCGACUUCGAGACGGGGCAGAAAUUAUAGCUGAUCUGACGAUUGUUGCCGCAGGCUGUCACUCCGCACGCAUCCUGGGCGUGCCAGAAAUGUGUAGUGUCGAGAGCGCAGUCGUUGCAUACAUCCAGCUCUCCGAGGCUGAAAGCAAAGAACUCAAGAAACGAAACUGGCCGUUGAUGAUAAACACCCAUCGCGGAGUAUUUUGCGUUGGACCAGAUCACGACAACUGCUUAAAGUUGGGGCAGUGCUCAACCAUGAGCAAAAAGGAAAUCUUGAAAAGCGCUUCUCUCGCCGUUGGGCCGCAAACCCAUUUCUCAGAACCCGUCCAUCAGCCUGACUGGGAGAAUCCCAAGGUUGGCUGGGGGUGCAAUGUCAUGCUAUCUAGUCAAGGCGAUGUUGUGGACCCCGAGAGCGCUUCGAUCAACAAGACUUUGGCCGCUUUCCGUUUAUUCCUCCUGGAGCUACUUGGGCCGGUAGAUCUCGGAGGUUUUGACAUUUUGGAAUCAGAUGACGGCCUACUCAACAAUAUCGCCGUCCGACCAUUCGCUCGGGUGCAUAAGUGUUGGUACAAUGACACGCCGACAUAUGAUUUCGUAGUUGAUUAUCAUCCUUCGUAUGAUAGGAGUCUAUUUGUCGCCUCGGGAGGCUGUGAUCACGCGUUCAAAUUUCUACCGGUUUUGGGGGAAAAGGUGACGUCCAUACUCCUUCACCAUCUGGGCGUGUCUAGCUCUUCCACACCAGUAGAUUCUUCGAUAGAAGAGUUGUGCAAACUUUGGAAAUUUCCGGCGCAUCUCGUGCACUAAAACCUUAUCGGGUGCUCACAGAACGUGGAUAUGAAUCUCCAUCACCUGAAUUCGAGAUAGAGUCUAAAGUUCAAUUCGUUUAUUCAUAUCAAUGUUGGUUGCUGUAAACGUUUCAUUUCUUAGCAAGACGCCAUCUAGAC